AUGGAGGAGAAAAUAGAAAAAUUAGAGAUGAAGGGCGCAGAGGAGAAUGAAGGCAGGGAGUUGAUAGAAAAAAUGAAGGAAAUAGAAAAAAGUGUGGAGAUGACGGAAAGAAGAAGGAGAAAAAAUAACAUAAUUGUAAAGGAGGAGAAGUUAAGAAACGUUAAAGAGAGAAAAGAAAAUUUCGAAAAGUUGAUGGAAGAACUAAACAGUACAGAAGGAAGCAUAGAAGAAAUACAAGAAAUAGGAAACGGGGAAUACAAAAUGAGACUCUUGAAAUGCAAAAACUGGGAAGCUAAAAGAGACAUCAUGAAGAAAAAGAAGGAACUAGGAAGGAAAUAUGGAAGCUUUCUGGAUGACGAUCUCACCAAACAGGAAAGACAAAUACAAACAGAGAUAAGAAAGAUAGCAAGAGAGAAGAGAGAGAAAGGAAAAAGAGUGACAAUUGGUUAUCAAAAGAUGUGGGAGGACAACAAGGAAUGGAGAUGGAACGAAAGCAAAGGCAGACUGGAGGGGAGGGAAGACUUUCAUAGGUCACAACGAAGAGAAUGA